AUGCCAAAAAGCCGCCUCACUCGAUACCUCGGCUAUAUCGCCGUUCCAACCCUCGCAGCAGGAUAUGGCGUGCAUCUAGGCCUCACACACUUGGAAACUAAAUACCCAGCUCUAUCCCCAGAAUCAACGGGUAGCAAAGCGCUCCGAAUACCACCAAAACCUGGCCAACACUGCGCGUAUACCGACAUAUACGCCGCUCGAGUUCCGCUCCGUGCGCUGGAAGCGCGAGCAAGGAGACACAACGAGAACAGCAUAGUCAAGAAUGACAGGGAUGCGAAAGUCUCACGCGAAGAAAUAUGGGCGCAGUCGCUAUUGUCCUCGCUAAUCUUUUGCGUCGAGGGCUCAAUUAUCGGGCUUUUUGCGAAGGGGGAGUACUCGCCCGGCGACCUUGGCGAGAAUGGGUUCUCGCCAAUACCUGCGGACCCCAGUGCAGAUGGGCAAAUCCAACCACGGGUGCUGCUUAACGGUGUUUUGACUGUCCAGCGGGAGCCGGUGUCUUCCGAGCAAGAUUCAGAUAGUAAUGGGCUGCUAGUCUCAUGGACAAUGGCAGAUCCACCGCGGUUGUUUUUUGAGAAGAUUGCUCGUUUGGGGUACCCCUGGAGACUUAUGUCCGGUGGCCGACAUGAGAUGAGUGUGUCGGAGCAGUUCGAGGUUGAAGACAAGGGUAGCAGUCUUGACAAGCUCGUGGAGAAGCUUUUACCUGCGUGGUCGAUCCGGAUGCAUCGCGGGUACGCUCGGUUGAUUCUUGAUCGCGCCGUGAGAGAACUGGAGAGCGAGCUUAACGAUGAGAAAUGA